AUGGGAGCUGACUUCAGGACUCCGCACUAUGAUAGACUAUUCGAUGAGGUAGUCCCUUCUGUGAGGCCAAAGAGUUUGCAGAUGGGAAAUUCGAGUAGACCAAGCAUGAUGAGGUCUGUGGAACUUGGUUCAAAUGAAAAUGGUGGCCAAUCUGGAAGGAUAAAUGGCCUUUUUGAGGUUAAUGUGUUGAUGGAUCAUGUUCAGCAGCUCAACCUCAAUUUAAGAGUUGUGGGUACAAAUGAGGUAAUGGUGAUCACCUUGGUGUAUGCAAAAUGUACUCAAAGAGAGAGAACGAAAUUGUGGGAAAAUCUGGCUAAUAAUAUUCAACAUCCUUGGUUGGUAGGUGGGGAUUUCAACUCUAUUGUGGCUGAUUCUGAGAAAUAUGGGGGUCUGCUACUUACUUUAAAUGAAAUUCAAGACUUCAGGGCUUGUAUUCAGAACUGUAAUAUUGAGGACUUGGGUUUUAAAGGCAGCAAUUAUACAUGGUGGAAUGGACAUAGUGGAGAGGAUUUUAUUUUUAAGAGACUUGAUAGAUGCUUGGGAGAUAAUGAACCAAUUCAGAAACCUUUUAGAAUUUUGAAUCUUUGGGUGAAGCAUGAAUCCUUUUUAGAUAAAGUAAAGGGAUUUUUGUCUGUGGAUUUUGUGGCAAACCCUUUUACUCUUUUUCAUCACAAAUUGAAAACGGUAAAGGCAUGUUUGACUCAGUGGAGUAAAGAGACUUAUGGGAAUAUAUAUAAAGAUAUUGAGACUCUAGAAGAUAUUAUUAAAGUACAUGAACAACAGUUUGAAAUGCAACCAACUUCAAUUAACAGGGGGAGUUUUCACAGAGUUCAGGCAAAGUUAACAAAAAUUUUGCACUUAGAGGAGGAAUUGUGGAAGCAAAAAGCUGGGACGCAGUGGUUCCAAGAUGGGGAUAGGAAUACUAAAUUCUUUCAUGCUUAUGUAAAAGGAAGAAGAAAGAGGCUGCAAGUGAAUAGGACUCAAGAUCAACAAGGAAACUGGCUGGACGAAAAAGAGGAGAUAGUAGAGAACGCUUUAAGAUUCUAG